CAACUUUGUUUAUAGCUCGAUGUUAGUUAAAUUUGGUUUUCCUUCUGCGGAUCAACUUAGGAUUCCGUCCUUAUCCACUGAAGUUCCUGAUUCUCCGUUCCAAAAUGAAUUUCUCACCAAGAUCUUUGAUUUGUCCAUGCAUGUUACCACACCAUUAACUAUUGCUAUAGUUUAUUUUUCAACCGUACAUUUCCUUAAUCCGAUCUUGAGAUCCAGACAAAUUUCCAAAUAUCUCAAGAAGAACCCCCAAGAAAAGGCUGAAAAUUUGACUGAAAAGCAAUUAAAGAGAUUACCUUCUGCUCCAUACUACAUUGCCACUACUUCAUUAUUCAAAUUAUUCGUUAUUUUACACAACUUGUUUUUGUGUGUUUACUCAUUAUGGACUUUCCUUGGCAUGACCAAGACUAUCGCCACCACCAUGAAUGUUUUAGCUGGCGAUAUCUUCCCAGCCAUUGCUCAGAUUGAUUCGUUCAAGAAGGUUGAUUUAUUUUUCCAAACCAUUUGUUCUCCAAACGAAGGUGUGUUUUCCAAGUUCAUUACCAACAAGGGUCUUCACAACUUGGAAUUCUUAGGUUGGUGGUUCUACAUGUCGAAAUUCUAUGAAGUUUUAGACACCAUAAUUAUUUUAUUGAAAGGUAGACCUUCUUCCCUUUUACAGAGUUAUCACCAUGCCGGGGCCAUGAUGUGUAUGUGGGCCGGGGUUAGAUUCCAAUCACCACCAAUUUGGAUCUUUGUUGUCUUCAACUCAUUCAUUCACACCUUGAUGUAUUUCUACUACACCUUGAGUUGUUUACACAUCAGAGUUCCUAUGAUUUUCAAGAGAGUCUUGACUUCUUUACAAAUUACUCAGUUUGUUGUUGGUGGAAGUCUUGGUGUUGUGCACUUGUUCAUUUCCAUUAUUGAUACCACCAGUACUGAUCAAUUAAGAUGGGUUAAUUGUAUUGCUACUGCCGAUCAAACCAUGCCAUUGCUUUUGAAUGUGGCUUACUUGACUCCUUUGACCGCAUUGUUUGCUGCUUUCUAUAUUGAAAGUUACUUAAAGAGAAAGUAAAUGAAGUUUUUACCAAUAAUUAAUAAAAGAACUUUAAGUUGUAUUUAGAAUAGUUUAAUAUACGUUAUCUUUUUAGA